AUGUGGACUAAUAAUUUCAAGUUGCUGCUGUCGUUGCUAUUUCUACUUCCGUUUGUAAAGGCUCUGGGCAACGAGAAAACAUGGACAUACACUUUGGUUGACAUAACGGUAACAUCGAGCGAUGAGAGCAAAGUGAAAGCUGAGGCACGCAUCGAACGCAUGGGGCGUGGCGAAUUCGGUUUAAGUGGCCAAAUCGUUUUGGGUGUACUUGUGCCCCCCAGCAUUGAUGUUGAAGUGCUCACCUAUCGCAGUGCAGAUAGUGGACAAACCUAUAAGCUGCAACCAUAUGGAGUUCAGAGACAGGGUAUCUACAAUGCCCUGAACAACUUCUAUAAGAAUAUCAUUAUGGAAAGUGCCAAGGACUGCUCAAAUUUGCCCCAGUUCGAGGGUAAUUUAACGGAAAUAGGACCCGACACAUAUAACUUUGAAAAAUGUCAAGUGAAAACCGAUAGUUUUCCACAAUAUAUGCCCGAAGGUUUCUUGAAAAUCGUCAUGCUAUCGUAUGGCGAAGUCGAAGUAAAGUGUGAAAUUAUCGUGAAUAUUGAAAAGAAAACUUUCUAAAAAUGUUUAUUGAACACACAAUUGAAGUGCUACAGACUGUUUCUAAAUAUAUUGCUCUUUCUUAAAUCUGCUUCAUUAUAAAAUGACAAACAAGAAGU